AUGGUCUACGAGAACUAUGAUCCCUACUUCCCCGACCAGCCUGUAGUUGAUCGAUAUCUCCCAGUAUGGGCUAAUCUUCCUGCUUUUCGCUCAAAACCUGCAUUCGUUUGGGCUGAAAAUGGUCCGUAUACUGUGACUCAGAGCUCAAUUCUCACCUAUGAGCAACUCAAUAAUUCGGCACAGUGCAUUUCUUCCCAACUUCUCCUUUCUCUGCAUAGAGGUGAUACAGUAGUCAUGCUAUGUUCACCGGGGCUUGAAUUUGUCGAGGUGCUUUUUGGCUGUCAAAGAGCAGGCUUGUUAGGAGUCCCUAUUAUCCCCCCCAACCCAUCUUUUACUAACAAUGAUCACCACCAUCUUGUUAGAGUUCUUUCCCAAACAAAACCUAAGGCAGCCAUAGCGCAUUCUGAUUACAUCACACGUGUCAGAAAAUACAUUUCCUCUCAGCCUUCUACAAAUGAGAGGCUUUGCAAGCUGUUACAGAACAUUCUUUGGAUAUCCACCACUGAACUUAAAGAGAAAAAAGUGAAUUCAGGCUUGAGCUUUUCAACAUAUAAUGGCUGUAAACAGGAUAAUGUGUACUUGAUUCAGUACACUUCGGGUGCAACAGGGAUUCCAAAGCCUGUGUUAGUGACAGCAGGAGCAGCUGCUCAUAACGUCAGAGUGGCGAGAAAAGCUUAUGAUCUUCAUCCAAACAGCGUGAUCACAUCAUGGUUGCCUCAGUACCAUGAUUGCGGCCUUAUGUUUCUGUUACUAACAAUUGUAUCAGGAGCAACAUCUGUGUUGAUAUCUCCAAGUGCAUUUAUAAGACGGCCUAGGUUGUGGCUGGAGCUGAUUUCUGAGUUCAAGGCUACUUGCACCCCUGUUCCCUCGUUCACAUUACCCCUUGUUGUAAAGCGAGGUGGCAUUGAAAAGGGAAUUCCUAUAAACUUGUGGAGUAUGAAAAAGUUGAUUAUCAUCAAUGAGCCUCUUUACAAGGCAUCAGUAGAUGAAUUUGUGCAAGUGUUUACGCCAUUAGGCCUAAAUCCAUUGUCUAUAUCACCGUCUUAUGGAUUAGCAGAGAAUUGCACCUUUGUUUCAACAGCUUGGAGAAGUGGUGACAAUGCUAAUCAUUUCCCAACUUACAAGAGUCUCUUACCUAGUGCAAGGCUUGAUUUAAGUGCCAGAGGUGAGAAAGAGGAUAUUGAAGUUAUGAUUGUAAAUGAAGAGACCUGCGAGCCUGUUGUGGAUGGGUUCGAAGGAGAGAUAUGGAUUGCCUCACCUAGCAACGGUUCAGGCUACCUAGACCACCCUGCAAUGACCCGAGAAAUUUUUCAAGGGAGGCUUAAAGAUAAAGUAGGCCGAUGUUUUGUCAGAACCGGGGAUAGGGGAGUUGUCAAGGGAGAAGAAAGAUUUCUCUUUGUCACAGGACGAUCUUCAGAUGUUAUAGAACUCCAAGAAAGUGGAAGGGAGAUUCAUCCUCAUUAUAUAGAGACUGCAGCGUAUAACAGUUGUCCAAAUCUUCUGCGUGCUGGCUGCCUUGCUGCAUUCAAGGUCUCUAAAGGAACAAUAGCUGUUGUAGCUGAGAUGCAGACAAGUGAAGUAAAAACUGAGACACUGAGGGCAUUAAGUGAAGAGAUAAGGAGAGGAGUGAUGAAGGACGAGAAAGUUGAAGUUGGAAUGGUGGUUCUUGUUAAGAGUGGGAAUGUUCCGAAAACGACUUCAGGUAAAAUACAAAGAUGGUUAGCAAAGGAUAAGCUUUUAGGAGGAGGGAUGAAUGUUGUCCUGCAAAUUAAAUUCAAGGAUAAUGAUAAAACGGAAUCAAGAAGCCGGAAGACAAAUUUCAGUGAAAGUGAAGGUAAAACUAUAGGAAAAGAAACGGUGGAUAACCAGACUGAUGGGGAGUUUCCUCCAUCUUUUCACUCUUCACUGUAG